GUAAUUGACUUGGUGGGGGUGAUGGCGUCAUUUUAUGCCCUGGUGUAGCCUCCUGCUCCAAUAGCGAAGGGGAGACGGAUCUUUGGCCGACGCGACCGUGGCUCCCUUGGCCGGGAUCGAGCACCGCCGAGCCGGACAAUUCACCCCGGGAAACAUGGAGGCUGUGGCCGAGGAGCUGCGGGCCGGCUCUCGGGUACCUGUCACUAUCGAUCAAGUAGUUAACGAUACACUGGUGGUGACGCUGACCUACCGAGAAAGGAGCUACACGGGGAUAUUGCUGGAUUGCAACAAAAAGACUGGGCUAUUUUGUCUACCAGACUUCACAGCAAAACUCGGGGACUGCCCAAUAUCUAAACCAGCUUGUGAAGUCACAGAACUUCUGAGUGAGGAGCCGGUUCCCAGUUCUCCCAGCCAGGCUUCACACAGACCAAAGGAUGAAAACACUCUCCCUGAAUGCAGCAUACCUACUGCACCUCCAUCCUGCCCUGUACCCACACCAGUGCCAGCUGGACAGACUCCUUAUCCUCCUUAUUUUGAAGGAGCCCCCUUCCCUCAGCCCUUAUGGGUGCGCCACACCUACAGCCAAUGGGUACCUCAGCCUCCUCCACGACCAAUCAAGAGAAAGAAGAGACGGACGCGAGAGCCUGGCCGUAUGACCAUGAGUACUAUCCGUCUGCGGCCACGUCAGGUACUAUGUGAAAAGUGCAAAAACACACUUAAUAGUGACGAGGACAGCAAAGAUGGCAUGAGCAACACCAAGACUUCUAGAAAAGAGAAUUCGCUACAGAGUGAUGAUGAUGGCGAUGACAAGGACUCAUCUUCUAAGCUGUCAAGAAAAGAGGAUGUAGUUGCAACUAAGGACACUAAAAGGCGGGAAAAUGGCACCAGCCUUGACAGUAAGCGCCUCAGAAAGGACAAAAGGGGUGAGGCUGAAGGGGAGAAAUACCCUGGAGGUGAUGUUAUUCCCCACAGUCCUGUCAUAAAGAUCUCCUAUAGCACUCCACAGGGCAAGGGGGAGGUCAUGAAGAUCCCCUCACGAGUCCACGGUUCAGUUAAGCCAUUCUGCCCCAAACAGCUGGUGCAGAAUGGUGUAGGAGAAAAUGGCAAGACACCUUCUGAUCCCACCAAGGAACAGCGGCACAUUCUGGAUGCCACAAGGUCUGGCCUCACUGUGUCCAUUCCCAAACUCAAACUAACUAGGCCUUUUGCGACCGUGGGUCAGGACUCAACUUCUCCAAAGAUCCGCUUGAGACCCCCUCAGAGGGAGGGUGAGGAGAGCAUGGUUGAGUAUGAGGCAGAACUUGUCGGGGGCACUAGGAGACGAAGCCCCAGAGCGCCCGGUCCGUGCCUCCCCCACUCUGACGACUCAGGAGAAGGCAAGAACUCUUUGGAGUUGUGGUCAGGGAGCUCUGGAGAGGAGGCAGAGCGUGGCCACAGCGACCUCACACUUCUCAUCAAUUUCCGAAAGCGUAAAGCGGAUUCUUCUAGCUUGUCAGUCUGCAGCAGUGACAGUCUAGACGAGUCCAAGUCCUUCAGCUCUGAUGGCACCUCACCUGAGCUGUGCGACCUGGCACCCGGCGAGGACCUCUCUGUAACCUCAUCUUCUGUACCUUCACGGGAUGACUGCAAGACUGUGCCGCCACUCACGGUGCGGCUUCACACCCGCAGCAUGACAAAGUGCGUAACGGAGGAGGGUCACGCUGUGGCGGUGGGUGACAUUGUGUGGGGGAAGAUCCACGGCUUCCCCUGGUGGCCCGCACGCGUCCUCAGCAUCAGUGGCACCCGCAAGCAGGAGACGGCCAGUUGCGAGGCCCAGUGGCCCCAAGCGAAGGUGGCGUGGUUCGGUUCACCCACCACCUCCCAGCUAUCUGUUGCCAAACUGUCGCCCUUCAGAGAGCUCUUCAGGUCCCGCUUCAACCGUAAGAAGAAAGGGAUGUACCGGAGAGCCAUCCUAGAGGCAGCCAAGGCUGUGGGUCACAUGGGUCCAGAGAUUACAUCGCUGUUAUCCCACUGCGACACGUAGAGGCUGAGGACCGAAGAGAGGUCUCGGAGGUUUUGCUGAAUUCUCAGACUCUGUCAUCAAGACCCAGGAGGGAGUACGUGCGGUUGCCACGGCUACUAUUUAUAUGCCGUUUUUUUUUUUUCCUGUUCUUUUUCACAAGGCUGGUGGAAAAUGGCCGCCAAGGUGGAGUGUUGUUGAGACUGGAUAAGGGAGCAAAAAAAAAAGGCCAGGCAUCUCAUGGUCUACUAUGAACUAAACUAUUCCUCCUUUUUUUUUAUUUUCUAGAUUUAAUCAUAUUUCAGUAGAGCCGAAUAACAACACUACAAGGACCUGAAUGUAUUUAUUGUCUGUAAAGGUUUAUUAUGAUCCAGUAAGUUCAUCUUUCUACUACAGUCUUGCAAAAACCUCCUAGUCUGCUGCUGUCAUUAUCUCGGUCUUUGCCACCGAUGUGUUCGCUGCGAGGUCCAGCCAGAGGGAGCCGGUGGCAUCUUCAUAGGACCCCUCCUCCCUUUCUCCUUUGGACAUGAGACCUUUUACCACCAGUUUAAGAAGUCUUACCCUGAAUCCUCUUAAUUCUGAAAAUGUGAACGGCUCCAUCCAGAGACAGUAGUGACUGUUCCAGCUCUUCUAGCGAUCGGUGUUCCAUCCCCGUAGCCUUCUGCGACAUUAGUUGGAUUUGUGGAUGUAAUUAUACUGAACUCUAUUCCUCUCCAGAAUCACGUUGUGUCUCUCUUCCAUUUCAUUUUUAACUUCAGGAGUGUCAUGUCGGCGUGCUUCCCCCUCCAGCUCUUUCAUUUAUUUUUUUUUUCCCUGAGAACCAUUUUUACAUUUAAUUAUUUAAAGUAUCACAUUUAAGAAAAAAGCACUUUAUCUGUACCUUGGUGGCCUGCUGUCUGAAACACUAUUGCGACAUACAGCUCUGAUAGGCAACAGGGGAGUUCAGAAGUCUUUGUGGUUGACUAUCCAUGGCCUUGGAGAUAAAAACUAAUAAUUAAAAAAAAAAUCUUUUUUUAUUUUAUUUUAUUGUACGACUUUGGGGACACCAGACACAGAUGGUUGUGUACACUGUAUUCUCCCAUUUUGGGUGCAUUUCUCUCUCAGCUUACACGCUACAAAAAUUAACAUUGCCACUGGAGAAACAUGGGUGAACAAGUGUGUCAAAGCCCCCUAUGCAUUAUCAGUUAAAGCUUUAUGAGUGACUAUGGGAGGAAAAAUAUCAUGCUGUAAGAAUACUGUGAAUUCAACUGCUGACUGUGCUGAAGAAAAAGCUUGCUUGCUACUGGUUGGAGCCUUCAGUUAUAUUGAGUCAUCAGGCAAACACGGACUGCAACGCUGACCUUUAGUGACCUUUAUGUUGAAAGCAGCACUGUUGGAUUAAGGGGAGGGGGAGCCAGCGAAGGCAAGAGACCAGGCUGUCAAGAGCAGCCUGGUCUGUAUUAAAAACUUAACCGAAGAUUGCACACAGUCACGCUCAGCCAACCAGCCCGUCUCCUUUCUGCCCGUCUGGAAACCCUUUGUUCAGAUGGAGGCUCAAAACAGGCUCUCUGUCGGUGAGAGAGGUGUGUUUAUUAGGGGAGCAUGUAAUGCACUCUUCCCAUUUUGAUCAUCUGCGGUUUGACUGUUUAUUGUCAAGCGCAGCUAGUUUCCAGGCAGCCUUAUACAACGAGCAGUGCAAGAGUCUAUAUGUAUGUAUGCCUGAGAGGGGAAACGGUCGUCAGGAUUUUCCCGCGUAUGAGCAACAUGGCUGUCUACUGUUUCCCACAUUGGUCAAUGUUUUUGGCUACUUUUUUUUUCUUUUUUACAUGUACUGUACAUAAAAUAAAAUAUACAAGCAAUA